AUGUCACAACAGCUGGAUUACCCAGUCUCAGAAAGAUCGAAGCUACGUCAUGCGGCGGAACUAGCUAAUUCUGCACUCUUAACUCGAAGGCACAUUGAUUCGAAAAUUUUAUUCACAACUAUAAAUUGGAAAGAUCUCAUAUCUGAUCAACUUGAAUCCAACCCCGAUCUUGCCCAAUUAAAACAAACAACAGCAUUAUUAGAUAACGACAAGAAAAUCAUUGAUGUGAUUAACGAAUUGAUUAAAACGAUCGACAGACAACGUGAUCAACAACAAACCAUAUCCAAAUCAAUGGCGGAUAAAAAUAAAUAUAUCAAAUCUCUUGAAGCCCAAAUUCAAGCGUUAACGAGGGAUCAAAUCACCAAAGAGAAACUCAUCAAUGAACAGCAAGCUGAAAUCAAUACGCUAAAUUUGAGAAUCAAUUCGUUGACAAAUCAUAACAAACUCCAAGCUCAAGAUUUGAAACAGAUGAAGAAUUGGAGUCUGGAUAUCGAAAAGAAAUAUCAGGUUCAUAUGAAUAAGAAAACUGAAACUAUCAAUGAUUUGAAAAAGAGAUUAACUACUCGAGUGAGAAAUAUUCCGUCUUCGAUAGAAUAUGGAACUAAUAAAUAUCUGGAUUCGAUGAUAUUUAAUAAUAUUCCUUCGAUUCAGAAUACCACUGGGAUAGUUAUAAAUAAUCCUAAUUUAAUGAGGAUUCAGACUAGUUUGGAAGAUGAGGCUAAUGAAUUGUCGAAUAAUUUAACGGUGGUGCUUGAUAGUUUGGGAAGAGAGAAUUAUAAAUUGACAAAGCUUAUUCAAUCAACUAGAGAAUAUUUUGAACAAGUGAAUGAUCUGAUAUUGGAAUUACAACAGAGUAAUGUAAGAUUGAUUCCAGUACACUAA